AUGGCUUUCAACUUCAACUGGUCGCCGUUAAUGGCGGAUGCAGGAUUCUACACCCGAGCACAGGACCUGCUAACCGCGGCACUAAAUAAAUCACCAAAACCUCCGAUUAUUGUCGAUGAUAUCGCCGUGACAGAAUUAAAUUUGGGUUCAAUCCCGCCGGAGUUGGAGAUACUAGAGGUUGGCGAUUUGGCUGAGGAUCGAUUUCGCGGCAUCUUCAAAAUGUCGUAUUCGGGAGAUGCCUUUCUCACUCUGAAAACGCGAGUUCAGGCAAAUCCACUAAAUACCUUCCUAAUAACUCGCCCCGCUUAUGCUUCUCCGAAACCUCUUGCUGCUGCAUCCGGCUUAACUAUCCCCCUGCAAAUCACCCUUUCCAACUUCAGACUCUCCGGGUUUGUUGUCCUAGUGUUCUCAAAGCAAAAAGGAAUAACCGUUGUCUUCCGUAAUGAUCCUCUUGAAUCUUUGAAAGUAUCUUCGACAUUUGAUUCCAUCCCAUCUGUACGAGAUUACCUUCAGCGGGAAAUUGAGGGGCAGCUCCGAAUUCUGUUUAUGGAUGAAUUACCUGCCAUCAUACACAGACUCUCCUUGCGACUCUGGGUGCCGGAAUACCGUGGCCUGGAAGCUGGGAUUCCAGAAACCGCUAUUCCAUCGUCAUUGGGCCCCGGAGAGGACACGCUACUGAACCCUCCAAAAGACCCAGUGGAUGCAUCUGGCAACCUAUUAAGCUCCGCGGAGAUUGCAUCUUUAUCCCUUGAUUCAGGUGUUGAGAUGCAUUCGCUUUUCUCGCAGAAAAACCUUUUGCGCCUUGCUGCCUUAACCAACUCUCAACGAACCCUCUCUCUUUUUACGCCUUCGAUUCGAGAGGUUAUGUUCAGAGCAAGGACCGGCUUGGCCGACCAAGGCGAGGGCUUGGGUAGUGGUUUGAUGUCACCGGGCAGCCCAGCUCUCUCCAGAACGCAUUCUCACAUUUCCUCUCCUCUCUCUUCCUUCCAAGAUUCCUCGAGCGUUCUAUCUUUACAACAGCGAUCCACUACAGCAGCUUCUUCUUUCAGUGGAUACGGGCUUAGCCUGGGUGCUGGUCGCCAUACUAAAGCUCGCCCAACUAAGAAACGAAAGAAGCGAGUUGUUGACCUUAGAAAGCAAAGCAAACCUACAGAUCCUGAAAUCACAAGUGCAGAUGGCGGAUACACGGAAACAAGCACAGCUUCAACUACUUUUUCGUCGUCUACUGUCCCUGAAGAAGUUAAUGACGAUCCCGUUACUCCUCCUCUGUCACCUGAAACGACCAUUCGAUUUCCCAACCGCCAACAUCGAUUCUCUACAUCCGAAGGCAAAGUUAUCGCGCGAGCACCGGCUCAGCAAUUGACCUACAGCGAGCCAUCGCAUUCUGCUUUGCAUACACAAACCGCAAAUCCUGUGCCUGCAGUACCUCUCCAUGCUGAAGGCGCUGCAGUGCCACCGCAACAAGCUCUUGUUUUCGGCGACGAACAUUUGGGGUCCCGAGAAAAGUCUAUGGAAGCUCAAUCUUCCCACGGACCGAACCCAGGCCUAUCAAUCACAGACGCGGCUCCGAAUAGCAGCAUCUUAGAGCAAGCCUGGAUGAUGAAGAUGGGCAAAUGA